CGGAUGUACCUUCUCCUCCUAGACCAUAGUCGUCACUCGUCAGUCUCACAUAUCCUUUGAUUGUUCAUUGGGAUUCAGAACACCAACGUUCGUCAGGAAUGUGAUGGAGGAAUUUGAGAAAGGACAAACUAAAGCGGCUUCUGAAGAGAUAUCAAGAGAGGUCCAAACCCUAAUCGAUUCCCACGAUUUGGAUUCUCUCAAACAUUUGCAACUCCUCAUAUUAGGAAGGUUGCAGGACAGCAAUGCAGUUCUCUCUCAUUUCAAUGAUUAUUCAGAGCAUUGUUUUGCUGAGGUGUCUGCUGAUUUCUCGAGAAAUACGCGCCUCUUUAAAACCAUGAAAGCGGACCUUGAUUACAUAUUUCAGAAGUUGAGGAGCAUGAAGGCAAAGAUAUUGAGUACUUAUCCUGAUGCACUCCAAGAUGAAGCUACGAUUCAGGCCCUUGAUCACAGGCCGGACCUGGAAAUGCCGCAAUGAUUUUGCUUUUGUGAAUAUAUAUUUUGGGUAUUGAAUAUCUUCAUCCGAAAUGUGAGUAAAUGCAAGCGUUGCUGCUUAUAUAUCUGAUUGUCCUUUGUUACUAUGGACCUGAUCUUUUUUUCGUUAAGUCUAGGGAGGAAACAUUGUGCUCAUUUAUAUAAAAGACAUAUUGCUUGUAGUUUUUAUUUGUAAUGUAUACACUCUGUGUCCCAAUUUAUUGUGCCUAAGGCCAUGUUCCUU